GGUAUACUCUGGCUCUAUAUAGGGCACCCGCGCAACGCAACGUCGCAGCAUUCUUUCUUUUGCUCCGCGAUGACUGCAUCCGCCCACCUGCUUCCGCAGACGACCCUCGACCGCACGCGCUUUGACGCGGCGGCGCGCGCGCUCAAGGUCUUUCCCAGCGCCAUGAAUGUGGUUUCGCCGGCCAGCGGCCCCUUUGUCAUCUACACCUUCAUCGUCUCGUGCCCGACGACGAAGACAUGGUGGGUCGUCACGAAGCGGUACUCGGAAUUUCUCGCGUUUCGACGAACACUGGCGGCGCUUGCCAAGCGCGCAUGCGACGAUGUCCGCAACGUUCUCGGCGCGGUGCACGCGCCGAUGUUUCCAAAGAAACACCCGCUGACGCCGAUCCACAACGCCGGCAAGAUCCUCGAGCGCCUUACGCUCUUCAAGCAGUACACAGCGAUGCUGGUGUCCUUGCGCGAAGCCUGUGUGUUGCGGGCACUGCAGCUGCCGCCGUCGGCCGCCAAAGAUAGCCUCCUCGAGCUCUACGAACUCGUGCAAGAUUUUUUGAGCAUCCCCGAGGCACUGCGCCGCGACGAGCUUCGCCGCACGAUCGCGCUCGUAUCCCCCGAAUCGUCGUCGGUGACGGAGGAGGACACGACGGAAUGUACGAGCUGUGAGGAGGCAUGUGCCAUCUGCCUCUGCGGCUACGAGCAUAGCGAGACCAAGCUCCAAAUGCCGUGCAAGCACGUUUUUCACGAAGAGUGCGUCGUCCGGUGGCUCGAAAAGUCGGCGACUUGCCCCUUGUGCCGCCAAGACGCGACGCAGGGAUACUUGCUCUGAGCGUACUGUCGUGGUCUUGAUUCUAUUCGUCCUAUUUACUAAACUAUUUGUUAUAUAUUGAUUGGUAGACGUCAA